AUCCCACCAUUCUCUAUUCUCUUUCAUUGGCUGUAGAUCUAGGUAACAACACCAACAUUCGUUGCAUUGCACCUGAUUGAUACACGUCUUUAGUACUGUAAAAACCUUUACACACUCAGCAGAAGAUUCAGCAAAAUGGAAAGUCAGAAAAUUGGUAUUGUCGGAAGUGGAUUAAUUGGACGGAGCUGGGCUAUGAUCUUUGCCAGUGCUGGGUUCAGUGUCACAAUCUUUGAUAUAGAACCCUCUCAGGUGAGCAAUGCUCUGAAAUUGAUCAAGUCACAGCUGGAGGAGCUGUCCGAGUCUGGUAUGCUACGAGGAACAUUGUCUGUCGAGGCUCAGUUUGCUCUCAUCAAAGGCAGUAACAGCAUGGAAGAAGCUCUCGCUGGAGCUUCAUUUGUCCAGGAAUGUGUGUUUGAGAAACUUGAGGUGAAGCAGAAGGUGUUCAGUGAGAUGGAGCAGUAUGUCAGUGAUGGCGCCAUCUUGAGUAGCUCUUCAUCAUGCAUCAUGCCGUCCCAGUUCACGGAGAACCUGAAACGUCGCAACCAGUGCAUCAUCUCUCAUCCUAUUAACCCACCAUACUAUGCACCCCUGGUAGAAAUCAUUCCUGCACCUUGGACUGACCAGUCUGCGAUUGACAGGACUCGUACCAUCAUGGAGAGCGUUGGGCAGGUACCGGUCACUCUGAAGAAAGAAGUUCCAGGAUUCGCUGCCAACAGGAUCCAGUAUGCUAUCAUUGCUGAGGUGUGGAGGCUUGUCGAGGGAGGUGUACUCUCAGCUGAUGAUGUGGACAAAGUGAUGUCAGCAGGACUAGGACUAAGAUAUGCCUUCCUAGGCCCUUUAGAAGUCAUGCAUCUCAAUGCAGAGGGCAUGCAGAGUUACAUGGAGCGAUACACCCAGAGCAUUGAGCACGUUCUCGGUAACUUCGGUCCCACGCCAACGUUCACGGGGAGCGGCCUUGAGCGGAUCAUCAAGGAGAUGGAUGCAAAGAUCCCUCUGGACAAGCUCGAAGAGCGCCGCCAAUGGCGAGAUACAAGACUUGCCGCCCUUGCCAAGCUCAAGAGGGAUUUAGAGAGAGAAGGAAAAUGAGCCAAGUAAUGCCAGAACAACACCAAAGUCCAAAUCAACUACUUAUUCCAGUAAAGGAAAUUUUGUGCAUGGUGUGAUGCUUUGAUGAUGAUGUGUGAUUGAAGACUUUGAAUGAUCACUUAUGUGUGUGAAAAACUGAGCAUUUUUUAGCCGGAUUUGUAUUUUUGAAACUGAUUAGUCACAAUAAUGUGUAAUAUUGAAGAAUGACUUAUCAGGUACCCUUUUAUAAAUCAGUAUUUUUGAGAGUCAUGCGAAACCGUUCAGCUAAUAGGACUGACAGAUUUUUUGUAAGUAAAUACAACUCACUGGAUAUCUAGUUUGAUUGUAAGUGAUUUAUAAGUAAAUUUGGAACAAACUACCAAACAUCACUGCCCUUGAUAGCCGUGGUAUGGAGAACGAUAAGACGUUGGCUACCCGCAAGAGUAAAUCCCACUGAAAAUAUUUGACCAUUACAGCAUUUUUGCGGGCAGCUGACUUAGUGCCCUUCUACAUUCUGUGUCACAAUGGGAAAAAAGGGUAAUCAAAAUGUUUGAUGAAGUUACCUUUUAAGUAUCAAGGUAUUAAAAA